AGCUGUCAAAAACGUUUUGUAAUAAAUUUGUACGAAAUGUGCAAUUUUCUUCUUUACCAUUAGUUAUCGAUCUAAAAGUGGUACAAUUGUGUGGUCCAUGUGCGUUUGGUUGGGACGAUUUUUGAGUAAAACUAAUAGAUAGAAUUGGUGUGGACUAUUUUGUGAGUAAUUCGUGAUAAGAUGGGUAACGUACACGCAAGUUCCGGGGCACCAAACAUGGCACCCCCGCCGCCGCCAGCCUCGCCGACCGCCGCCGGUGUAGCCGACGUCAGCUCCCCAAACGAGAUUGAGAACCCCGGCCCACUUGAAGACAUCCACAGCAAAUGCAAAAACAUAUUCCCAACAUGCUUCGAUGGAGCAAGGAUCAUGCUCACAAGGGGACUCAGCAACCACUUCCAGAUUUCACACACAAUAAACAUGAGCUCAGUCACACCAAGCGGAUACAGGUUUGGUGCUACCUAUGUAGGAACCAAGAAGAUCUCCCCAAGUGAAGCCUAUCCAAUUAUGCUUGGAGAUGUUGAUCCUACAGGCAACUUAAAUGCCACCAUCAUUCAUCAAUUGCAACCUUGCCUACAGGCAAAGUUUGGAGCUCAGGUACAAAAUGGUAAAUUCACUGUAGGACAACUGACAAUGAAUUUCAAAGGGUCCAAUUAUACUGCCAGCAUGACUGUUGCCAAUCCUGAUGUGGUAGCUGGAACUGGUGUAAUGGUAUUGCACUACCUGCAAGCUGUUACACCCAGAUUGGCCUUAGGUUCUGAGUUGGCCUACCAGAAAGGACCUACCAUACCAGGAGGCGAAAUUGCCUUGUUAAGUUUAGCAGCUAAAUACGCGACAGAAAAUUACCAGUGUUCAGGCACUUUAGGAGUAUCGGGCAUCCAUUUGUGUUAUUAUCAAAGGGCUAGUAAACAAUUGCAAAUCGGCGUCGAAUUAGAGGCCAACCAUAGGAUGCAGGAGGCCGUCGCUUCCAUAGGUUACGAAGUAGAUUUACCUAAGAGUGAUGUCUUAUUCAAAGGUCACGUGGAUUCAAAUUGGACGGUGGGAGCUGUGCUCGAGAAGAAAUUGAAUCCAUUACCUUUCACUUUAGCCCUUAGCGGUCUUAUGAAUCACACGAAGGGCCAGUUUCGCCUUGGAGUGGGAAUUAUUAUUGGAUAAGUUGUUUAUACGCAAGUUUCCUUUCAAGUAAUUUUUUAAAUAAAGAUUAUUAAAUAUGAUUAGUAUGAACAAAGCAACGGCAUGCAGCAGGGCUUUUUUUAAAUGGUUUUGUACAUAGACAUUGAAAUCGAAUUUGAAAAGAUUUUUAAGAGGAAGCAUUGCGUUUAGUUAAUAUAUUAUUGUUACGAAUUUAGUGAAGGAAUGAAACAUCAAAGGUUAUUUACACAGUUUUCAAUUAAUUAUGUGUAAAACAUUGAAGGGACGGCGUGAGGCAACAGGAUUUAUUUAUCUCUAUUGUUGCCCUCGGCAUCUUAUCGUAUUUCAUUUUGUACUUUAAUGUAAACUGAUCUGCAUUUCUUUUAUAAUUCAUUAUUAUGUUUUUUUUACAAUUCUCCAUAAAUGCACUGAUUAAGAAGAAUGUUAAUGGCUGUAUUAACAAAAUAAAUUGAAAUAGACUAAACCAACCAAAAAAGUAAAUAAAAGAGCUAUU